ACUAACUUCAGCCAUAAAAGAAGAACAGUACAACAACAACAACAACAAAAUUUGUGGACAUGGUGAACAAUGUCACAAUAAUGAUGAAUAGAGCCGUUGGUACUAUAAACUCUUACACUGGUUGGGACCUUUUCGACAAAACAAGUGUGCAAAUGAUUCCAAUGUGGAACAACAACCAAACAAUGAAGAGGGCCAAAAAUAUAUCAGUUCAAUACGUACCAUCGACACCUCUGAAAAAACGUGUCUGUGUUAAACUUUUCACCGAUAUUUAUGAUUUUUUAAAUUAUUAUCAGUGUCAUCGUGUUAGUGUCAGAUCGUGUUUAGGUAUAGUUGCUUCGUAGAGUUCAAGAGAUGGUAACAGUUAUGAUAGCAAAAAAUAAGAAUAAUCAGAAAGACAACAAUCAUGAUGUAUGUAGAAAAUAGUGGUCAUGUAUUUUAGUUAUGUGCCGUACGAAGUUACUUAAAGCACUUGCACUUCACACAUUUGUCUAAAAGCAUAGUAAAUAAUACUCUCUCUGAAUGCUGAAGAAGUUCAAUCAUGAUGAGUCCAAAGGAAAAGAAACUUGUGAGGUUUGUGAGAAAAUCUAAACCAAGUAUUAGUCCUGCGAAAAACAAUGAACCGUCGAAAAAACCAGCUUCUUGGUGGAGUGUACUUGAUCCACAAGGUCCACUGCUUCAAAAAUGGAACAAGAUCUUUGUGAUAACAUGUGUCAUGGCAGUGUCGAUGGAUCCGCUGUUCUUUUACAUCCCUGUGAUUGAUGAUGAGAAAAAGUGCCUUGGUUUGAGUGGAACAUUGAAGAUUACUGCGAGUGUUCUUCGCACGUUUUUCGAUCUUUUCUACAUUCUUCGUAUAGUGUUUCAGUUUCGAACUGGGUUUAUUGCUCCUUCUUCGAGCGCAUUUGGAAGGGGCGAGCACGUUGUUGAUCCUUGGGCUAUAGCAGUGAGAUACUUGAGUUCUCAUUUCAUCAUUGAUAUUCUAUCAAUUCUUCCACUUCCCCAGAUGGUGAUUUUGGCUAUGAUUCCAAUUCCACAAUGUUCAGUUCCAUAUAGAGCAAAGGAAUGGUUGAAGUACACAAUAAUAACACAGUAUGCGCCGAGACUUUUGCGAAUCUAUCCGCUGUUCAAAGAAGUAACAAGCACUUCUGGUAUACUGACUGAGACAGCAUGGGCUGGAGCUGCUUAUAAUCUUUUUCUUUAUAUGCUAGCAAGUCAUGUGGUUGGAGCUUUUUGGUAUUUGUUUUCGAUAGAAUCAGAGUUGCGGUGUUGGCGCAAACGGUUGAGGAAUACUGGACUUUUUGAUGAUUCCUAUUUGAGCUGUGGAUGGGUUAAUGCGACAGUUUUAUCGCUUCUCAGCAACUCUACUACUUGUCCUUUCAAAGAACCUGAUGAUAUCAUUGAUCCAACAGUUUUUGAUUUUGGAAUAUUUAUAGAUGGUCUAAAGUCUCGUGUCGUCAGUUCGACUACAGACUUUCGUCAUAAGUUCUUCUACUGUUUUUGGUGGGGUUUCCGCAAUUUAAGUUCUGUUGGACAGAACUUGAAAACAAGCACUUAUAUUGGGGAGAUAAUCUUCGCGAUCUUCAUCGCCGUCUAUGGAUUGGUUCUAUUCGCAUUUCUAAUUGGAAACAUGCAGAAAUAUCUACAAUCUACAACUGUUAGAGUUGAAGAGAUGAGAGUCAAGAGGAGGGAUGCUGAACAUUGGAUGCGCCACCGUAAGCUACCGGAGCACAUGAAGAAAAGAAUUCGACGGUAUGAACAAUACAAAUGGCAAGAAAAUCGAGGUGUUGAAGAGGAGAGGUUGAUUCGCAACCUCCCUAAAGAUCUCAGAAGAGACAUAAAGAGACAUCUUUGCUUAGAUUUGCUUAAAAAAGUGCCAAUUUUUGGCAAAAUGGAUAAACAGUUGCUGGAUGCAAUGUAUGAUAAACUCAAACCAGUCCUUUACACCGAGAAAAGUUAUGUUGUUCGCGAAGGUGAUCCGGUGGACGAAAUGCUCUUCAUCAUGCGCGGAAAACUUGCGACCACAACCGGUAUCUUUAACUCGUGGGAGCUUAAGUCUGGUGAUUUUUGUGGAGAGGAGCUUCUAACAUGGGCAUGGGAUCCUACCACUUCCUCUAACUUACCUAUUUCAACUAGCACUGUGGAAACUCUUUCAGAUGUUGAAGCUUUUGCUAUCAUGCCUGAUGACUUGAAGAUUCUUGCUUUUCAAUUUCGCCGUCUUAUUAGCAGAAAACAAAUUCAGCACAAUUUUAGGUGUUGUUCAUUGCAAUGGAGGGCAUGGGGAGCGCGGUUCAUACAAGUAAUAUGGCGUCGAUAUAAAGAAAAAAAGGCUCAGAAAGCAUUGCGUGAAGCGGAAGGACAACAAAAUGCUUGUGAAAAUGAGAAAGAGUGUUCACCAAGCUUUGUUGCCACCAUGUAUGUACGAAAGUUUGCAUCUAAUGCAUUAAGGCAUAUAAGAAGUGGCAAAAGAGUGACGGAGACGCAGACGCAGACAAAUAGAUUGCUACCACUCAUGCCUAAGAAACCAGCUGAGCCAGAUUUCAUUACUCAAAAGUAGUAAGAGUGUGUUGUAGAAGUAGUUUUGUUUUCAAGUUUAGUUUUUUAGUAAACCAGACUCAAGAAGUGUGCAUAGUUAAAAUCAUUGAUGUUGGUCUGUUUGAGAAUUUGUAAGACUAAGUAUGUGUGCAUAUAUGUGUAAAUAAAGAAAGUGUGUAAGAAUGUAUAAAAGCACUUACAGCACUUUUCACAUUGUAUAAAAUCAUAAUAAGUACUCUCACUGAA